AUGAGCAAGCGAAGAACAUGGGCCUUUCUAUUCGUUUCCGUAUAUUCAUUACUCUUAUCUUCUUCUUGGAAUCUCCUCAAAUCCGUGCUUUCUUGGUACGACUCUUCUGCUUCGAAUUCGGGUAACGCAUUUGGGUGGCCCGCGUUGUACGCUUCUGUGGCUUUGGGUGCUAUUUUUGGCCUUCUUGCAAUGGCUGCUGCGCUGGCCGUGGCAGUUCCGGCCACGCUGAUGACGUGGAUAACUGUGCUUGUUUUGUUGACUUUUUGUGGCAAGCCGAGGAAAGCUUUGGUCGUUGAGGGCAAGAAGUUGACUGGCGAAAUUUCUCGUCUUGUGCUGAGAGUUUUGAUUAGAGAAGGCAAGUUCGUAGCGGCUGUUUGUGCUGUUUUGGGCUAUUUUGCUCUCGUUCGGAAUAUCAAAGAAUCGUGA